UUAACCCUGUACUAGCAUUAGCCCUACACAAACUAGUGAUGAACAGCUAGUAAAUAGUCCUAUAAAUGUAUCAAGCCUUUGCCUACACACUCUCUCUAGUAGUCUAUGAUCUUCUUCCUCUCAUCUCCCUCUUGCUGGAACAUAUAGCAUCAGGAUCCUCUGUGGGCAUCUCUCCUUUUCUUGCCAUUUCUGGCCAUAGGCUACAAUAAGAGUUCUUGCUUGGGUGGUCAUCCUCCUACCUCACUGCCCAUACAGCUCCGGUCAGGUCAAGGAGAGGAGCUAGCUAGCUUGUCUGCUCUAAGCACUGAUCACUCCUCUGGUUGCGUCCAUUGAUCUGGCUCGUCAUCUUCUGCUUGCUCGUCAGCUAGGAAUUCGUGGUCUUGUGGGGGUUUUGAUCGAUGGACAUGAACGAGAGCAGUGAGAAAGGAAUGGAGAGCAAUGCGUCCUCUGGCCCUGGCAAUGGCAUCCCGGUGGAGUGGCAGAGCCAAUUCAGCAGCGCCUUCGCGUGCCAGCCGUCGGCGGUGCAUCAGCAGCACGCCAUGAUGGACUCCUUCGCGGCGGCGUCCGCCAGCCUGUGGGCGUCGGCCGCCUCGCAGAACAUGGCACUCUCCUCCGACGUCAGCGCCAUGUCGUCCGCCGCGCCGCCGCGGGGAGCGGGGUUCUUGGCGCCGGUCCCCGGAUUCCUCCAGCAGGGGCUCGGCCAUUUCCCGGUGGACUCCGGGUUCAUCGAGCGCGCGGCGCGGUCGACGUGCUUCGGCGCCAGCGGAGGCGGGAUGAUGGGCGCCAGCGCGUACGGCGCGGCUGACCAGUCCAUGGGUGACGCUUUCGGUGGCGCCACGGAGGGGCUCAUGGACCAUCACAGGAGGAACGAUGGCAACGACAAGGCCGAGCAGGAGUUCGCCGGCAACGGCCACGACGAGCUGCCGAGCUCAGAAGUAGCCGGUGGAGACUGCUCCUCCAAGGGCUCAGACUCCAAGAAGAGGAGACGGCCUAACGAGGUGAUUGGAGCCGAUCAAGUCCAUUCUUCCAACUUGCCAUCUGAUUCUGCAAACGAGAGCGUCCACAGCAAGGACAAAGGCGAGGAGAGCAGCCCAGCGACGACGAAUGGUGGCAAGUCGAAAGGGAAGGGAGCGAAGGAGACCUCUGAGUCACAGAAGGAAGAGUACAUUCAUGUCCGGGCUCGUCGUGGCCAGGCAACCAACAGCCACAGCCUAGCAGAAAGGUUGAGAAGGGAGAAGAUCAGUGAGAGGAUGAAGCUUCUGCAGGACCUAGUUCCUGGCUGUAGCAAGGUCACCGGAAAAGCGGUGAUGCUUGAUGAGAUCAUCAACUAUGUUCAGUCGCUCCAAAGACAAGUUGAGUUCUUAUCGAUGAAGCUUGCAACAGUAAACCCAAGGCUUGACCUCAACAUAGAAGGGCUUCUUUCGAAAGACCUUCUUCGUUUCCCUGGAGUUCCUUCAUCCUCUAUCGGAUUUUCUCCAGAAAUGAUGCACCCUCAACUACAGUUGUCACAGCCAGGCUUGAUUCAGGGUGGUGCUGCUGGCAUGGCCAACCCCGACGUGUUCAGAAGAAUAAUACAAGCGCAACUAGGUGCAAAAGAUGGAUCUCAGCAGAUGCCCCACGCAUUGAAUGGAUCAUUCAGUGACGUUUCCCAAAUGGCGUACCCGUCCCUCGGUUCACAGGACCUAAGCAUCAGGCCAUCUCAGGAUGGGUUUCAAAUGUGAAGUGAAGAAGGGGGCCAAUUCCAUGUACGUGCUAUUGUUUCUGGUAAUCUGGUGAACAGGGCAGGCACACGCACAUGACUGAAGCUGCUACUGCUGGAGAAGCAGCGUUUGCAGUGCUAGCUCAUCGCAUAACUGAAGCCUUUAAUUGCUUCGCGGCUAGCUGUAUAUCCAUCGGGUUAUUAUUGUGUUCAGAACUGAAACUGAAAGCCUUGAGCCCCACAGGGACGCUGGAACGAAAAUCUGCAUCCUGGAUGGUUGGAAAUUCUGUCUGGGGGCGUGCAUUUACACUGCAGCACGAGGAGCGGCAGUCAGUCACAGCAACUAAGCAAAGCAGCUUGAAUUUGCUGCACGGCAUAAUGCAAGAUCAUCUGUUAAAAAUUACUUCCGACGCAUGCAUUGUUGGUUGCAAAAAAAAAACAGCGAUUAAACAACUCAUAAACCAGGUGCUGAUGUUAAUGUUAGGAUCAAACGCAUUUGGCUCAUGUUCUUGUACCACAGGCCAGGAUACAUGAUAAGCUGUUGUUCAUCAUGCAGAGCAUGCCUCAAUUCAGAACCGGUAGCUCUC